AAAAUAACAAGCUAGCUUGUUAUCUUUGGAACAUUCAUAUUCAUCAUACUACAACACUCGCCCAACAACGAACCGAUGCUACUGCAGAACCCUGGCGCGUUCAAACGGCGCCCCUGUGUGUUCCAUGUCGCAUAGUGUGUGAUAAUCACGCAAUCCUUACCAGGCCGCCGUGCAAUAUACUUCCACGCCUACUAAGUACCAUAUCCUAUGCGCUUGUUUGUCUGCCUCGCGUCUCCAUCAUUCCCGGUCUUCCCACAUUUCACUCUCACCCAGAUUCUCGAAAAGCACCGUGUCGACGAAUGCGAAGCGACCUUUCCCCCCCCCUCAGAUAUUUCAGGAUCCAACUCCUCGAUCACUCUCUUCAAGCUCAGAGCACCUAGCCUAGUGUUCCAUACGCCGUUGAUUAGGGCACAUCGGAUGGCCUUUCAAAAGCGUGCAGGAGUCUGUUAUCGCAAACUGAACCCGCAUACCCCCAAAUUUCUCCCCGUACAAAUCCCUAUUUCCUAUGUCCGACAUGAAUUAUUCAGCAACUUGCCCAAUCCUCAGUAGCUUCGCUGAUUUACUCCGUCUUCGUUCCGAGAUGCCGGCGGCAUGCCAUGGGGUCAAUCAAAGGUGGCAAAGUUCGUUGCUUACCCACUCCACAACCCUAAUGAUACCUUAC